GUCGUCUGGCGUCGUCGUUGGGUCGUGCUUACUCGCGAUCCACAGUCUUCUUCAAUCCAUUACAACACCAGACCUACCCACUCCUACACCUGCACCGCGGUCAGCGAGUCAACCCGGCGCAUUAUUAAACAUGUCGGUCUCAGAGGAUCCAAAGAUCCUCGCCGACGCUCUCAAUGUCGUCAAAGUACAGACUGUCCAGCUCAGGCGAUGUCUUGAGGCAGAGGAGAUCAUGGAGGCCCUCAAGGCCGCUUCGACCAUGCUAUCCGAGCUCCGAACAUCGUCCCUCUCACCAAAGCAGUACUACGAGCUCUACAUGGCUGUCUUUGAUAGCCUCCGUCACCUCAGCACGUAUCUGUAUGAAGCGCACGUCGAUGGAAGGCAUCACCUCGCCGACCUUUACGAGCUUGUACAGUAUGCUGGCAACAUUGUGCCCCGCCUCUACCUUAUGAUUACGGUCGGCUCGGUAUACAUGUCUAUUCCAGAUGCGCCGGUGCGCGAGAUCAUGAAGGAUAUGCUCGAGAUGUCCCGCGGCGUUCAACACCCCACCCGAGGACUCUUCCUUCGCCACUACCUUUCGGGUCAGACGCGCGACUUCCUCCCAGUAGGAAGCGAGGACGGACCUCUGGGUAAUCUGCAGGACUCGAUCGGCUUUGUGCUCACCAACUUCAUCGAGAUGAACAAGUUGUGGGUCCGGCUUCAGCACCAGGGACACUCGCGAGAGCGUGAGAAGCGCGAGAUGGAGCGGCGCGACCUGCGCAUCCUCGUCGGCACCAACCUUGUUCGUCUCUCCCAGUUGGAAGGCGUCGAGGUCGACAUGUACCAGAAGAUGAUUUUGCCGGCGAUCCUCGAGCAAGUGGUCAACUGCAAAGACGUUAUUGCGCAAGAGUACCUCAUGGAGGUCGUCAUCCAGGUGUUCACCGAUGAGUUCCACCUGCACACACUCCCGCAGUUCCUCGGCGCGACGGCGCAGCUCCACCCUCGCGUAAAUGUCAAGCAGAUCGUCAUCGCCCUCAUUGACAGAUUGGCAGCGUUCGCCGCGCGCGAAGCCGAGAACGAGGAUCCCGAGGAGAAGAAGCGCGGGGAAGAGGAGGCCGCGCGUCGCUUAGCCGACAAGGUCAAGGACAUGCGCGUCAAGGGCUCGGCGCCGUCCUCGCCAACAGAGGCCAAGUCACCUUCGCCGCGGCCAGCAGAGGCAGACGAGUGGGCGAACACAUCAGUUGCAGACGGUGCCGAGGAGCAGGACAAGGAAGAUGAGGGAGAGAAACCGGACGAGGAGACUGAGUCCAAGGAGAACGGUGACGCGGACGCGGAGAAGAAAAAGCCGGAGCUCGAGGCAGAGCAGCCGGCGCCGCAUAGAUUGCGGACAUUCCGUGGCAUCCCAGAGGAUGCGCAUCUGUUCGAAGUAUUCUGGCAGCAGAUUGUGGAGCUGAUUAAGGCUCGCCCAGAUCUGUCCAUCCAGGAUAUCACUGCACUCUUCGUGUCACUUGCCAACCUCUCACUCAGCUGUUACCCAGACCGGCUCGAGUACAUCGAUCAGAUCCUGUCAUACGCCACCACCAAGGUACACGACUACCAGAACUCACCCGACUUGCGUGCCCCUCAAACCACCGCCAAUCUCCUGGCCCUCCUUCUUGCCCCUAUUCUUUCCUACGUCUCCGUCCUUACCCUCCUCGCCAUACCCAGCUACAUCCCCCUACUCUCCGUCCAGCCCUACACGACACGCGCAUCUAUCGGACAGGCGGUUGUUUCCAGCGUUCUCAAAAACGACACGCUCAUCGAGUCGACAUCUGAUGUUGACGGUGUUCUCGGUCUGUGUGCAGUCCUCGUCCGUGACCAGAAGGAUUCAGCAAGUGGGGCACCACGGCAUGCACGUCAGCCAAUUGAUCUGCGCGAGAUGGCAGAGGAGCAGGGCUGGGUCGCGCGCAUGGUCCAUCUAUUCCGCUCCGAAGAUCUCCGUGUCCAGUUCGACCUGUUGCAGACAGCCAACAAGCUGUUGGCCGAGGGCGGCGAGCGGAUCCGCUGGACAUUCCCGCCCCUGAUCGCGAGCAGCAUUCAGCUAGCGCGGAGAUUCAAGGCGAGGCAGUCGGACGAGAAGGACUGGGAGCCACGCGUCACUUCGUUGUUCAAGUUUAUCCACCGCCUCAUCUCGAUCCUGUAUACCAAGGUUGAAGCGCCCGAAACGUGUCUCCAACUCUUCCUUCUGGCGGGACAGGUGGCGGACGACUGCGGGCUGGAGGAGCUGGCGUACGAGUUCUUUGUGCAGGCAUUUGUCAUCUACGAGGAGAGCAUUUCCGAGUCGCGCGCGCAGUUGCAAGCCAUCACGGGGAUCAUCUCCGCGCUGCAGAGCUCGCGCGUAUUCGGGCCUGACAACUACGACACUCUCAUCACGAAGGCCGCGCUGCAUGGGUCCAAGCUGCUCAAGAAGAGCCACCAGGCGACGGCAGUCCUGUACGCGUCGCACAUGUGGUGGCAGACGGACGAGCCUGGCCGCGAGCGGCACGAGGUCAACAAGCCGCUGCGCGACGGCAAGCGCGUGCUCGAGUGCCUGCAGAAGAGCCUGCGUAUUGCGACCGGCUGCAUCGACGAGCUGACAAGCGUGCAGCUGUACGUUGAUGCGCUGGAUCGCUACAUCUACUACUUUGAGCAGGGUGUCGAGGCCGUGACGCCCAAGUACAUUAAUUCCCUGGUUGAGCUCAUCACCUCCAACAUCGACGCAGUGCACUCGACAGACGUGCACCCGGCAUCGGCGAGUCCGCCAGGCCUCGUCGACGGCAUCAACACGCCCGACAUGAUCGUCAAGCACUUUACUAAUACGCUGCGGUGCAUCCGCAACAAACAGACGUUGCACGCACAGCGGCGCGAGCCUGAGGACGAUGGGGAAGGUGACGAGCGCCCCCUCGUCGUUGAUUGGAGUGCGGUAGACGUCGUCGGCGGAUGCCUCAAGAUGGGCAUUGCGUAGUGGUUUCAGGUCGUAUUUGUAUAGAGGAUGUCGUGGCGCUUGAAAUGUGGGUGUGGCGAAGACAGGCAUUCAGUCGGUUCGUUUGUGUUUAUCCGAGGGGAACGAGGGAUGAAGAUCAGAUUGGGAGAGUAAGGGCGAGCGUUCAGUGAGGGGAGGAGCCUGGUGUAGAAUCAAGUGUCCGUUCAUCGAUGUAGGAUUGGGCUGAUGCGGUAAACCGGGGUGCCCGCUUGGUCUUUUUUAUAUG